CUUGUAAAAGCAACGGUCCAACGUGUAAAAUACAAGUGUAAAAGUUUUAUUGAAUUGACCCCUGUUUUAAAGCAGCUUCACUGGCUCCCAGUUAGCCAGCGCAUAGAUUACAAGAUAUUACUUUUGACUUUAAAAGCGCUCAACGGACAAGCCCCAAGUUACAUCACUGAACUGCUGAAGCCUUAUGUACCAACCAGAAAUCUGAGGUCCUCCUCCAAAAACUUACUUAAAGUACCACCUGUCAAGCUAGUAAGUUAUGGUCACAGGUGCUUCUCUUUUGUAGCACCGACUCUAUGGAACUCUCUUCCGAACAUCAUAAAAGAGAGCAGCUCGCUAUCAGACUUUAAGACCUGUAUAAAGACAUACCUUUUUGACAAAUUUUAUAAUUAA